CAGCCUGUGCUUUUGCAGUCCGGGUCUCACGCGACGUUUCCGGGUCUCGUCAGAUGUGAGUCGGAUGGAGCGGCCGGGGGAAGGCGAGCAGCCGCCGCAGCAGCAGCCGUGGGGCAGGCUCCUCCGCCUGGGCGCCGAGGAGGGCGAGCCGCACGUCCUCCUGAGGAAACGGGAGUGGACCAUCGGGCGGAGAAGAGGCUGUGACCUUUCAUUCCCCGGCAAUAAGCUGGUCUCUGGAGACCAUUGUAAGAUUAUAGUGGACGAAAAAUCUGGUCAGGUGUCACUGGAAGAUACCAGCACCAAUGGAACAGUAAUUAACAAGCUGAAGGUUGUAAAGAAGCAGACCUGCCCUUUACAGACUGGGGACGUCAUCUACUUGGUGUACAGGAAGAAUGAACCAGAGCACAAUGUGGCAUACCUCUACGAAUCUUUUAAUGAAAAGCAAGGCGUAACACAGGACUCCUUCGAAGCUAACAAAGAAAAUGUGCUCCACACGACCAAAGAUACCUCAGGUACAGGGCGAGGCGACAACCCUGGGGCCCUGCCCUCGGCGCCCGCCACUCAGGUGGUCUUUGAGGAACCACAGCCAUCGACGUCGACGUCAGACCUCUUCCCUGCGGCCUCUACCUCUUCCAUAGAGCCCAGCUCUGCAGGGAGAGUGCCUCCCUGCAGCCCUGAUGCAGAUGGGGAUCCCAACCUGGACCUGCCAACGGGGGUCGCAGACCAGGGUAGAGACACCCAGGCCAGCCUUGAGGUCAGAGCUGCAGCCGUGAAGCCAGACAAGAUGGAGGAGACACUCACCUGCAUCAUCUGCCAGGACCUGCUGCACGACUGUGUGAGCCUGCAGCCCUGCAUGCACACCUUCUGCGCAGCCUGCUACUCCGGCUGGAUGGAGCGCUCUGCCCUGUGCCCCACCUGCCGCUGUCCAGUCGAGCGCAUCUGCAAAAACCACAUCCUCAACAACCUGGUGGAGGCCUACCUGCUGCAGCACCCGGACAAGGGCCGCAGCGAGGAGGACAUGCGCAGCAUGGCCGCCAGGAACAGGAUCACUCAGGACAUGCUGCAGCCCAAAGUCCGGAGGGCCUUCUCGGACGAGGAGGGCAGCUCCGAGGACCUGCUGGAGCUGUCAGACGUGGACAGUGAGUCCUCGGACGUUAGCCAGCCGUACGUCGUGUGCAGACAGUGCCCUGAGUACCGAAGGCAGGCGGGGCAGCCUCUUCCCUGCCCAGGGCCUGGCAGCGAGCCAGGGGCACCAGCAACCCCUGGGGAUGCGCCGUCAACAUCCACCAGUGUUGCAACAGCCCAGGACUACGUGUGUGCCCUGCAAGGAAGCCAUGCCAUUUGCAACUGCUGCUUCCAGCCCAUGCCCGACCGGCGGGCGGAGCGUGAGCGGGACCCUCGCAUCGCCCCCCAGCAGUGUGCUGUUUGCCUACAGCCCUUCUGCCACCUGUACUGGGGCUGCACCCGCACCGGCUGCCUUGGCUGCCUGGCCCCAUUCUGUGAACUCAACCUGGGUGACAGGUGUCUGGACGGGGUGCUGAGCAACAACAACUACGAGUCGGACAUCCUAAAGAAUUACCUGGCAACCAGGGGUUUGACGUGGAAAAACGUGCUUACCGAAAGUCUUGUGGCUCUUCAGAGGGGAGUGUUCCUGCUGUCUGAUUACAGAGUCACCGGGAACACCGUGCUAUGCUACUGCUGCGGCCUGCGGAGCUUCCGAGAGCUGUCCUACCAGUAUCGGCAGAACAUUCCCGCUUCCGAGCUGCCGGUGGCUGUAACAUCCCGUCCUGAUUGCUACUGGGGCCGCAACUGCCGCACUCAAGUGAAGGCCCACCAUGCAAUGAAAUUCAAUCACAUCUGUGAACAGACGAGGUUCAAGAACUAAGCAUCCAGUGAGGCACCCAGAUGGCUGAGGAAUAUUGGAGGUCGAGGACACGUGUUUCAGAAAAUACCGAAUUCCGACAGUUUGAGGGCAUUUUACAGCCCCCCUUAGGGGACACUGGGAGGGGGAUCUCCGCGUCGGGCCCUGUGGUGUGACUUUUACUUUGCGGAGUGAGACCCUCGGUAAGAAGCCCUCCAGUGGCCUGGGAGGUCCAGGGCGGCACAAGCCGUCCACCGAGCUCUGGGGCCCGAGAAGCAGCCGUCACCUGUUCCCUCCCACUGAGAUGACCGCAGGCCUGCCCUCUGCACCUUCCCGCACCACUGCAACACAGCCAUCCCUCUUCAGGAGAAGCGUCCUGGGAGAGGGAGGAAAGUUUGUCAGGAGCGCUGUGUCGUUUGAGGAAGGGGAGGCUGACAGGCCGUGGGCGUCCAGCACGCCUACUGCAGGGCGAGCCAGCGUCUCACGCUUGUGUUUUCAUAGAUUUGGUGCUUAUCCUCUAAUAAGACUUACCUAUCACAACCAGUAGCACAAAUGAUAUAAUUUAUAAUGUACAAAUUGGACUAAAAUUGGGGCUAGUAUGAUAUUUGAAAGAGUAUGUCUCUGUUGAUUACAAACAAGUCAUCAGCCGUCCAGGGCUACUAACCCCAGACCCCUGGCGUCGAGGGCACGGUCGGGCCCAUUUCUUGCUCCUCCCCUGUGUUGGGGACUGGGGGCUGCCCAGGGGUCACCCCCUGGCUCCUGUGGAGCAGCCCCUUCCCGCCAAGAGCUUGAGGGACCUGCGCUUCCCUGAGUCCUCACCCUCUCCUCCUGCGUUGGGUGUGCCGUGUCAUCCGGAACAAUACUUGAAAUUUUGUUCUUUGUUUAAAAAAAAAAGUUUGUUUAUCCUUUGUCGAAAUCAUCUGUUAGGUUUGUCUGCAAAAGGGUAACUUUUUUGCUUCUCCUCAGGAAUACAAUUUUCAGCUUUGUCUUGCUCUUGAUGCAGACUGAGAAGCAGCGCUCUGGAAGAAGGCUGCCUUCCUGCGUCCCAAUAAACAAGCCGUGUCUGUUUCUCUACCCAGCA